CAUAUAGUAAAAAUGCUAUUUAAAUCUUCAUUAUCUCAAAUUAUGCACAAAUUAAACUUAAAUAAAAAUAAAACCUGUUUCAUUAUGACCGUGCUCUGAAUACUUUUUAAUCCAUUUCCAUCAUGCUUGUCAUUCGGUUUAAAAAUUUAUCUAUGCAAAUCCACACCAAAUGAUGCGAGUUCAUAAAAAAUUUCGAAACAAAAAUGCAUAAUCUGCAAGCUUCUAUCAAUAGCAAAAUCAAUUUUAUGGAUCUCACCUCGAUAGUGAAUAGUUUAGUUGGCUAAAUUUACGUCUUUGUGUCAUUCGUAUAAAAGCGUUUGCAGAAGUGCAGAUGUCAACCAGUAUCUUCUACAUUUCUCUUGAGAUUCCAUCAAGCAAACUAAAGAAAUAUGUUCAAACUUUUGCUCGUCACUGUCCUUUUGGGUUUGGCUGCUGCCGAUAACAUCGACAAAGAUGCCGAAAUCCGUAGUCUGCAAAAUGAUCCUGCAGAUGCUGAAGGAAACUUUGCCUAUGGUUUCGACUCAACAAAUGGAAUUGCUGUUCAAGAAAGCGGCAACCCUGCCGGUGUAAGUGGUGUUGCCCAAUGGGUAUCCCCCGAAGGAGUUAAAAUCGAUUUGAGCUACACUGCCGAUCAAGAUGGUUACCAUCCAGCUGGUGCCCAUUUGCCAACUCCACCACCAAUUCCAGAAUAUGUCCUUAGAGCCAUUGAAUACAUCAGGACUCAUCCAUCAAAGGAAGAAAUUGCUUCGAACAAACCCCAAUUCGGUUAAGCAGAUCUUCGCCAUUCUUAGUGA